AUGCCACCACAGCCACCCGACAAGGUGCAAAGUGUCGACAUGGAAGCACUCUAUCCUGAUAGAAUUGAAGAGAAGCCCCUCAAAAAGGAGGUUAAACAAGAAGUUGAAGAAAGAACCGAGGAGACUGAACACGACCACGAAGAAAUCAAGAAGGAGAACGAACAAGAAGUCAAGCAGGAGAUCAAGCGCGAGAUCAAGCAAGAGACCAAGCAAGAGACCAAGCAGGAAAUCAAGCAGGAAAUCAAGAAGGAGGAUGAACAAGAAGUCAAGCAGGAGGGCGAACAAAAGUUCAAGCAGGAGAUCAAGCAGGAGUUCAAGCAGGAGAUCAAGCAAGAAGUCAAGGAGUGCGAACAAGAAUCCAGGAUUGAACAGAUUGACAAGGAAAUCGAAGAGAAAACGCAUUCAGAGAGCGACGACGUACCCAACAACGCUGCUGGUGACAAAGCCACAAAUGAGCUCUACAGUACCCCAAAGCAAAGGGCCAAGAGAGAGGCUUACAAAGUCUCAGAGGAAGAAGACAAGAAUGAGUCCCUCAAGAUCAUAGAGGAAGGGGGGAAAGACAAGUCCUACAAGAUUCAAGAGGAGAAGUUGGAGGAAACUGUUGAGCUCUUCAAAAUCCCAAAGUAUGAAGCCACGAAUGAGUGCUUCAAAGUGCUUAAGGAAGAAGACAAGGAUGAGUCUUACAAAAUUGAAAAAGAAGAGUUGGAGGGAAGUGUUGAGCUUUACAAAAUCUCACAGGAGGAAGCAAAAAAUGAGGUUCUAAAGACUGAAAAGCAAGAAUCGGAUGAUGAAAAAGAUUAA